AAUAAACAAAUAAAUAAACACGGAAUAGUGAGCCAGUACAAAAUGCCGAACACUUGGCGCCUCUGAUAACAACAAAAACUUCCUUAGUUCAUCAUUUUUGGCUGAGUGGGGCCACCUAGCCAUGCCCAAGCGGCCGUGCCCAUUCGAGGAAGAGCUGCGGCCCCCAAGCCAAGGUGCAGGUGUGCCAGGAGGGGGGCCAGGUGGUGGAGCAAGAGGCGUGAAGUGUAUGACCGCACGCUAAAUCAUCUUCUUUCUCCGGCGCCAAGAAUGUCACCAGUACAAACCUACCAGAGACAAUGGAUGCCACCACCACCACCACCACCACCACCCCAACCUCCCCCACCUCCCCAACCUCACACCUCCAGCAGCUCCUCCUCACCCCCCACGGCACGCUGGCCAAGCCCCCACUGGACUCACAGGCACCACAGCACAGCAAGGGGUGCCGAGGUGAGCCUAGUCAGCCAACCUCAGCGCCUGCGUGGGGUGCCGGCGGGUGUCCUCGGAGCUGUGGGGUUCCUGCCGAUACUGUGAAUGCAAGCUGUGUGAGACUUGUCAGCGUGCCUGCCAUUUCUGUGGGGGGAGCUUCUGUCCUAAGUGCUCCCUGGCUGUGUACCUGCAGGAAGAGAGAGUGGUCUGCCUGAGUUGCUGUUAAGUGUGGCACUGUUUUGGCCCAAGUUUUCUAUACAAGGAGUUUCUAUUGUGGUUUGUGUAAAUUAUUAAUAAAGGAUAUAUUUCUAUA